AUCGACGUCCGAAAUAUCUGAGCAGAAACUACAGAACCAGCAGCUUUACCCUCCUCAUCCCAAGUCCCUAACCCAAGAAUGGAGGCUGUUCCACCUCUAGCUGAAGACGGGAAGCUUCACAGCGAUGUCUUACUGUUCAACCGUUGGACCUAUGAUGACGUUCAGGUUUCUGACCUUUCGGUGGAGGAUUACAUUACUGCCACUGCUUCCAAGCACCCAAUCUACAUGCCUCACACAGCUGGCAGGUACCAAGCAAGGAGAUUCAGGAAGGCCCAAUGCCCAAUUGUGGAGCGGUUGACCAACUCUCUCAUGAUGCAUGGGAGGAACAAUGGUAAAAAAUUGAUGGCUGUUCGCAUAGUUAAGCAUGCUAUGGAGAUCAUCCACCUGUUAACUGAUGCCAACCCAAUCCAAAUUAUUGUUGAUGCCGUCAUUAACAGUGGACCGAGAGAAGAUGCAACCAGGAUUGGUUCUGCUGGUGUUGUUAGGCGUCAGGCUGUUGAUAUUUCCCCUUUGAGGCGUGUUAACCAGGCCAUUUAUCUUCUUACAACUGGUGCACGUGAGAGUGCAUUUAGGAAUGUUAAGACCAUCGCUGAGUGCCUUGCUGAUGAGCUUAUUAAUGCUGCUAAGGGUUCUUCUAACAGCUAUGCCAUUAAGAAGAAGGAUGAGAUCGAGAGGGUUGCCAAGGCCAAUCGUUGAAGAAGAUAUAAUGUUAGGGCACUCGAUUUUGGUUGCUAUGUUUUGGUAUUUCAUUGGAAACAAUUAGUUAUGAAAACUGUUGGUUGUUCUGGUAUGGGAUUUUGAGUUACAGAGUUACUCCAUUGAUUUUGUCAUACAUUUAUCUGCUUUUCUCCUUGAUAUUGAAUUCAAAAUCUGUUGAGUGGUGCUUUGUGAGAAUAAGUUACUGAAGUAUAUCUGAUGUUUCAA